CUCUAUUAUCGCCUCCUUAUAUAUAUCCCGACUUCGGUUCGUUCCUCGCAUUUGCUGCGAAGGACACUUGUUUUGCAAUGGCCGAGUCUACGGAGAUUGACUACACCCUCAAUAACCCGGAUACUUUGACAAAGUACAAAACUGCCGCGCAGAUCUCACACAAAGUCCUCGAGACUGUUACAGGAUGGUGUGUCGAGGGUGCGAAGGUGAUCGAGAUAUGUGAGAAGGGUGAUAAGCUUCUGGAAGAGGAAGUUGCCAAGGUCUACAAGGGCAAGAAAGUCCCCAAGGGCAUUUCCCACCCAACCACCGUCUCCCCAAGCUCGUUCGUCACUCCAUAUACCCCAUUGGUGUCGGAUGCGGAGGAGGCUGCCACGACGCUCAAGGCCAAUGAGGUCGUCAAGAUCCAGCUCGGUGCACAAAUCGACGGGUUUGGCACCAUCGUGUGCGACACCAUUAUUGUGGGCAGUGAUGGAAGCGUCACGGGCCGCGAGGCCGAUUUGCUCCUGGCGACGUACUACGCGAACGAAUUGCUCCUGAGACUCAUGAUCCCCCCGGGCCUCCUUGCAAGCGGCUCUGACGAGGAGAAAAAGCAAGCGGCGGCCGCGAAGCCGCCCACGCAAUCUGCCAUUUCGGGGCUUUUGGAGAAAGUUGCUAAGUCGUACGGUUGCACUUUGGUGGAGAACACGACUAGUUGGCUGUUCGAGCAUAAUGAGAUCGAGGGGAAGAAGAAGAUUAUCCUUGCUCCCGGUGCGGGGAUUAAGGGGGAGGGGUCUGCAGAGGUAGGAGAGGCAUGGGGUGUCGAAGUGGGUCUUAGUCUCGGGUCUGGGAAGGUGAAGAAUUUGGAGUGCAGACCUACUCUGCACCGCCGUACCACGACUACGUAUAUCUUGAAGAGGCCGAGCUCGAGACAGACGCUCUCGGAAAUCGUGAGGCGGUUUGGAACAUUCCCGUUCAGUCUUCGCCAGCUUGAGGAUGAGAAGGCUGGGAAGGUCGGUGUUGUCGAGUGUGUUCGCGGUGGGGUGGUUCGACAGUACGAUCCUGCUGGAGAAGCUGAUGGCUCGCCAGUGUCCAGAUUAUUAACCACUGUUGUGAUUACCAAGAAUGGAUUAUCGAGGUUGGCAGCUCCUCCACCUCUUGACCUGAGUAAGGUCCAGUCGGACAAGAAAAUUACGGACGAAGAGAUUUUGAAGAUUCUCGAGAGGCCACUGGCAAGAUCCACGGGAACGAAGAAGAAUAAGAAGAAGAAGAAGAAGUCUGCGAAGAAGGCUACCGCCGCCGCGACUGAAGAGGAGGACGAGGAGGAAUCUAGCGAGGAGGAGUAAACGCAAGUGUACUUUUUCUUUCUUUUGCCUUGCUACUAAUCCGCGAAUACGGCUGGGAAUCAAGCUUGCCUCUCGGAGCGAGUUACUUUGUGCUUGUGCUUGAGAGGGGUUUCUUUCUUCCUUCCUUCCUUUUUUUUUUCCUCCUUGCUGACGAGGCAGUCUGAGGCACAAGGGAAAGGUGUUAUUUUGUUUCGCGGGAAUUGCGUGUGUCCAGCAGAAGGAGGUUCAUGGGGAAAACAAUCGCUGUUCUCUCUUCCCUUACGUACAUAUGUGGCCCAAAUGGACGGGUUGAGUCCAUAGGACCAGGCAGGCAAUAGGAGAAUGCAGUUUACUUGCUUACU